ACCCAUAUUGAUUCUCAGACUGUUGUCUCUCUCUUCUUCUCGAAAGAAAAAAAAGAAAAAGAAAAAACAGCAAUUCUAACUCUUUCUCGUCUCUCUGUAUCUCUCUCUCUGGUCUAUGCCUAUCAUCUCUAAUCCAACAUCCCCAAUUUCAUCACUGAGUUGAAGGCUGAAACCAUGGCAGUGAUUGAACUCAAGAAGAUCAUCAUUCAGAUGCUGGUAUCGGGGUGUAGAUACUCGCAAGGGUAUUACAUUCGAAUUAUACGAUCGUCUGCACAACAGAAGAGGAAUUAAAACAUUCAUGGAUGACCAAGAUCUUGAAGUAGGAGCUCUUAUUUCUUUAAGACUCUUAAAAGCAAUCGAAAAGUCAAGGCUUGCAAUUGUUGUUCUCUCCCUGAAUUAUGCUUCUUCGAGUUGGUGUUUGGAGGAACUUACCAAGAUCUGUCAAUGUAUGCAAGAUGAUGAUAGAAUUCUUCCGGUUUUUUAUCAUGUGGAUCCCUCUGAUGUAAGAUAUCAAAAGAAGAGUUUUGAAGAAGCUUUCACUAAGCAUGAAAAAUCUGGGCAACAAAAAAUCAAGAUGCAGCAGUGGAGAGAUGCUUUAAAUAGGGUGGCCAGUUUCUGUGGGUGGCAUACACAAAAUUAUAAGACUGAAAGAGAGCUUGUCCAUGCAAUUGUGGAAUCUGUGUGCAGUAAAGUCCGACCUAUUAAAAUUGAGUUUUCAAUGUCCACAGGAGAUUUUAAAGCAUUUGAAGCAACAAAGCAAGCCAUGAAUAAGGUAAUGAAUGCGCUAAAUGAUGAUGAGGUCACUGUGGUUGGGGUCUACGGAAUGGGAGGUGUUGGAAAGACAACCAUGGUGAAACAUGUCGGUGCACAAGUGAAGAAAAGUAGACUUUUUAAUCAAGUGAUUAUGGCUGUAGUAUCACAAAACCCUGACUUGAGGAAAAUUCAAGGCACAUUAGCAGAUUUGCUGGACUUGAAAUUGGAGGAUGAGACAGAAAUAGGAAGAGCUAGUAGACUGGAGGAGAAGAUAAAAAGAGGAAUCAGGAUUCUCAUAAUCUUGGAUGACGUUUGGAAUAGAAUAGAAUUUUCAAGCAUAGGAAUUCCCAGCCAUCACAAACUUCAAAGAUGCAAUUCCAAAGUCCUACUCACCACAAGGAGAUUUUCUGUAUGUCAUUUCAUGAACAGCCAUGUAAACAUUCCACUCAAUAUCCUAUCAGAAGAAGAUUCUUGGAACUUGUUUGUGACAGAAGCAAGACAAUCUUUUGACAAAUCCACCAAUUUCUAUGAUGUAACAAGGAUGGUGGCUAGAGAAUGCGCUGGUCUACCAGUUGCACUGAUAGCAGUUGCGAGGGCACUUCGACAUGCAAGUUUCAAUGAAUGGAAAGACUCGGCUCAACGACUAAAGGCGUCUCAACCUGCCAACCCUGAAGAUGAGGGAGAUGUGUACAAAUGUAUAAAGUUAAGCUAUGAUUACUUGAAAACUGAUGAUUCAAAAUCAUGCUUCUUGCUUUGCUGCCUGUUCCCGGAGGAUUAUGACAUCCCAGUUGAACAGUUGCUGAAGUAUGGAAUUGGGAAAGGAAUGUUUCAAGAUUCCAACAUGCAAGAAGCCAGAGCCACAACGCAUUUAGUGGUCAAGUCCCUUAAAGCUUCUAGCUUGCUUCUGGACUCAAAAAAGGAUGGAUAUGUAAAGAUGCAUGAUGUCAUUCGGGAUGUGGCUGUAUUAAUUUCGCUAUCUGAAGUUGGUCAACGGGUUUUGGUAAAAGCUGGUUGCGACUUAAAGCAUUGGCCAAUGAUUAAUGCGCAUAGAGGCUUCUUUGCAAUUUCACUAAUGAAGAAUGAAAUCCGCAAGCUACCUGAAGAGUUGGUAUGUCCAAACCUUAAGAUUUUAUUACUACAACAUAAUGCUAAUUUAAAUGACAUACCCGAGACUUUUCUCCAAACCCUGAAUGAACUAAGAGUCUUAGAUCUUAGCCACACUAGUAUUUCAUUACCACCCCAAUCAUUCAGUCUCCUGACCAAUCUCCAAGCUUUGUAUUUAGAUUGUUGCAUGAAAAUCAUUGACUUUUCCAUACUCGGAAAACUUGAGAAGCUUGAGAUUCUUAGUAUGAGGGAAUAUCCUCUUAAAGAAUUGUCGAGAGAAAUAGGACGCUUGACCAAUCUAAGAAUGCUGGAUGUCAGUGAUAGUUUCAGCCAUGGACACAUUGUUACAAUUCCAUCUAAAGUGAUAUCAAAGUUGCAUAGACUAGAAGAACUGUACAUGCAUUGCAGAUUUGGGGACUGGGGAAGUAAAGUCGAGGGAGGAGGAGAAGAGACUAAUAUUGGAUUUGAUGAGUUAACUGGCUUAUCAUAUUUAUACAUUUUGACGGUUCGCAUAUGGGAUGCAAAAUGUUUGCCUAAAUGUGUUGAGUUCAAUCCAAAUUGGGUUUACUUUGAUAUCUGUUUCGGUGGAGAAAGAAGAGUGCCGCACAUUCAGUCUCAGAAUGGUCAUAAAUAUUCCAGAUCCUUGAUUCUUAACACGACCAUCUGCAGCUUACCGGAUUGGUUUGUCAGUGUGGUGACAAAGAAAACAGAGAAGCUACAGUUUGCAAAAUGCGAAGGGUUAAAGAACAUUCUUGUGGAAUAUGACCGUGGGGGGUUAUGCGGGCUGAAGCAUCUCUCUAUUAUUGGUCCCUGUGAGAAGUUGAAAGAGCUGAUGAACACAAUAAGUUGGAUUUCAAAUAAACCUGUGUUCGAGAACUUGGAGGAGUUGCACUUGGAUAGUGUGGAUUGCCUAAAUGAAUUAUGUGUUGGUGAAUUGCCACCUGGGUCUUUGUUUAAUCUUAAGCUGUUGAAUGUCUGUAAUUGUCGUAACUUGGGGAAUGUACUGUUGCCAUCAAAACUGUUACGGAAACUACCAAAUUUGGAAAAGUUGAUUUGCAAUGUUAUGGGUAGCAUGGAAUAUGUAUUCGGGUAUGAAGGGUUUGAGCCAGAAGAAUCAAAAUUCAGAGAGAUGACAUUGUUGAGUCUGUAUGCUCUAAAAAGCGUAUGUAAUGGUCCUGCUCCCUGUACAAUAUUCCAGACUCUUAAAAGUUUGAUCAUUUACCAUUGCAAUCAGCUUCGAGGAAGCCUCUUCACAUCUGAUGUAGCUCAGUGCCUUUUUCAUCUGGAAGACCUUUUUGUAUUCAGUUGCCCUUUCUUGAAAAAAUUAAUUGAAGCACGCGAGGAAACAGUGAGCAAGAAGAAGAUUGUUCUUCCAAAAUUGAAGAACUUAAUUUUGCUGAUGCUUCCGAGGCUGUCUAGUGAAAGUGCUAUUGGUAUUGAGUCACCUUCAUUGGUACAUUUGUAUGUCCAGUAUUGCCCCAACUUUUCGAAUGAUGCUAUUAACUUCCACAGCAAGAACCAAGUCCAACUCAAUGAUGAACGACAAAUGAGGUUUCUAUGGUCGAGAUUGAUGGGUGGUGGUCGGCGUGGAGUAAGUGGUCGGAUGGGUGGUGGUCGGCGUGGAGUAAGUGGUCAGAGGCCAGAUCAUGGCGGCGGUAUACCAUGGAUCGUAUGGCGCUGACUCCUAAUCCACGGUGGGUCGCUAGACGGAGAUGGCAGCUGUGGUGGAUCUGGGUUUUCAAGGCGGUGGGCAUGGCAGGCAAGGCACAGUGAGUCUUUCAUCGAUUUCUUGUUGAUAGAUUUGCUGUGGUUUGCUGUAUGGUUUAGCAGGCACCUUCGACUUGGGGAGAUUGAAGACAUGAGGCUGCGGUGGUGGCUUGCCGGCGGGUCAUCUGACGACAAGGGUGAGGAGCACUGUGGCGGCGACUUCUUUCCUUUGGUUAAAGUCUUGGUUUUAGUUAGGUUGCUUUUUAGUUUACUUUGGUUAUUGGUUAGUUUACUUUGGUCAAUAGUUGGUCCCUACUCGUUUGAGCUAGGGUUGGGUCAAAUUGAUGUGCCAUGGAUGUGGUGUCUUUCCUGGGGAUGAGAUGGUGUAAUUUCGGUUUUAUCUUAUGGUCAAUGUGCUAACAAGCAAUCCUUGCAUGUGGUCUGGUUUCAUUGGGGCGCGGUGUGGAAGAGGGCGCUGGUUUCUCUGGCGGUUGUCUAUGGGGUGUUAUCGAGUUUCUCGGGGUUAUCUGUAGCCUGUGAGGUUGGGCAAAAUAGGUGGUUAGGGGUUGGGCUCUUUUGGCUCAUGGAUGUCAUCCUGGAUGACGGACCCGUAACUAGUUCGGUUUUUAGGGAAGAGAGUGGGGAGUUCUUGUCCACCACCGGUCAUUCCCAUAUUAUGUAAUAUUGGUUGUGUUCAAUAAAGGAUUCUUAUUCUCAAAAAAAAAA